AUGAUUUUGUGGUAUUUGUUGUUAGCGCUGUGUGUUUGGACUGUUGCGUUCAAGUAUAGGAGGCGUAGGAUGUACAAGUUAGCGGCACUUGUACCUGGUCCCAAAAAAGAAUAUCCUAUAAUUGGUGUUGCUCCGGAUUUGGUGGGAACUACUGAGGUGGUAGUGCAUCCUACUGAUUUGGAAAUGAUAUUGAAAACGUGCUUAGAAAAAGAUGAUCUUCAUAGGUUUAUACAGAAAAUCAUCGGUUAUGGAGGAAUAUUUGCACCAGUAUCGAUCUGGAGACGACGACGUAAAAUAUUACUUCCUACGUUCAGUCCGAAAAUACUCGAGAGUUUCGUUGAAGUUUUCUCCGAACAAAGUGAGAAACUUGCAAGUAAAUUAGGAGAACGAGCCUCACAGAACUCUUUCAGUAUCUGGCCCUUUGUAUCAUCAUACACAUUAGAUUCUGUGUGCGAUUUACAAAGUUUUCAAAGAAAAAGUUUUCUGGAUCUAUUAAUUAAGUUGUCUGGUGGAGAGAAGGGUUAUACUAAUGUGGAGUUGAGAGAAGAAGUUAUGACUUUGACAAUCGCUGGCACAGAUACAUCUGCUGUUGCGAUCGGAUUUACUCUCAUAUUAUUAGGAAAAUAUCCAAAGAUACAAGAUAAAGUCUAUGAAGAGCUGUAUGAAGUGUUCGGAGAUUCCAAACGUCCUUUAGUAAAAGAAGAUUUACAGAAGUUAAAAUAUUUAGAGCGAGUAGUAAAGGAGUCAUUAAGGUUAUUCCCGCCAGUACCUUUCAUAAUAAGAAAAAUUGAUAAAGAAAUUGAAUUGCCAACAGGCAAGCGUCUCCCAGCCGGGGCUGGAGCAGUGAUAUCAAUUUGGGGUUGUCACAGAAACCCUAACUUCUGGGGUCCGGAUGCUGAAUGCUUUGACCCAGACAGAUUUCUACCGGAGCGUUUCGACUUAGUAAAACCUGGUAGUUACUUACCUUUUAGUAACGGACCCAGAAAUUGUCUUGGAUAUCAGUACGCGUUGAUGUCAAUUAAGACAGCUUUAUGUGCAAUAGUAAGAAAUUAUAAAAUAGUUGGAGAACCAGAAGCCACUCCUAUACCUCAUAUAAGAGUAAAAUUGGACGUUAUGAUGAAGGCAGUGGAUGGGUAUCAAAUUUUAGAGAUGGCUCAAGUAUGUGAUAGUGAUGGUCCAUUUAUAUAUCGCUUAAAUGAUAACGGUUCCGGACCUAGUCUUCUUGUUAAGAUAUUUACUGAACGUGGUUGGCGAAUGUACCAGGGCUACAGUGGCCCAGAGGAGAAAUGGAAUCUUUGGUGGAGGACAAGUGCUUUUCCAGCUACUUCCUACAAGGCCUUGGGAGACUGGCAGUUUAUGAACCACAUACCGAAAGGCGGCUCAAUUUGUCGGAAGGACAGCUUGUCGAGAUUGCUCCGAUGUAUGAGAAGAAUAUACGGAUCUAUUUAUGACUUCAGCCCGCCUUGUUUCCACUUACCUCUGGAGUACGCGAAACUGGUUUCCGAGUGCUCACGACUCAGACGUGGCGAUGAUCCAACCAGCUCGAACGUGGUGUGGAUACACAAACCAGUGGCGCAGAGUCAAGGACGAGGGAUCUUCCUUUUCAGGAGUGUCUGUGACAUGAGAUGCGGUAGUCCUGCUGUAGUACAGAGGUACAUCGAGCGCCCUCUAUUGAUAGCGGGCUACAAGUUUGAUCUCAGAUUGUACGUAUGUGUUCCCGGCUAUCGUCCGUUGACGGCUUAUAUGUACGCAGAGGGAUUGGCGAGAUUUGGAACGGAUAAGUACACUUUAUCUGACAUCCACAAUCCCUAUCGACAUCUUACAAAUUCAUCUCUUAACAAAACUGGGCCGCGGUACGCAGAGUGCAAGGACAGAAUAGGCAGUGGUUGUAAGUGGACGCUGAAGCAAGUUAGGCGAGCACUGGUCGGAAGAUGGGGUGCUGUGGAAUGGUUGGUUUGGCAAAGAAUACGAGCGUUGGUUACAUUAACUCUACUCGCUCAGGCUGCUGGAACUCCGCCAGCAAGGAAUUGUUUCGAGUUUUACGGGUUCGAUGUACUACUUGAUGACUGUUUGAAGCCUUGGCUCAUUGAGGUGAAUUUAUCACCCGCUUUGGCUGCUGACUGUGAAGCCGAUGUGACAGUGAAGCAGCCAAUGUUACACGAGUUAUUUGACCUUUUGGGUCUUCCUAUGCGACAUACGGGGUUGUCCUUGCUACAGGGGCCACCGACUCCACAUAUAAGCUGCAGUUCUGAAGAGGAAAAUAGUUCUGCUAAGACUGUUGGACGAGCGACUGGGCCGCGUAUCGGGAGACGAGUGAGAACACGAAGAAGACGAGCCAUGCCCUUACACUGCGUUACUCUACAAGCUCCAAUGACUGAGACCAUUACAGAUUUAGCGGAAAAAACAAAAGAUAUACAAAUGGGGCGAUUAUACAAAACGACGUCAGAUGUGAGCCCGGAGAGUUCAGACUCACAGUGUUCGACGACAGUAACUCCAUCUACGGAGCCUGUAGAUGAAUCUUGGCGUGGUGGGUAUUCAACGGCUGCUUCUCGGCGAAGGAUGAUGGCCGCUUGCUCUUGGGGUAACGGUGUACGCUGGGAUCGUGGGGUCGGACGAGUGGGUCACUGGGUCCGAAUAUACCCCCACUCGCUGCCAGCUGACGAUCAGCUACCAAGUGAAGACGUCAGGGAGAGUGUAGCUCAAGUAUCUAAAUUCUUGAGAGCAGCGCGUGAAGUCGCGAAAGACGGGGGCAGAGACAAAAAAGCAUCUCGAGACGGAACGAGAGAUUCGAUAUUUGAAGUCACUCUGCGCAAAAAACUCGAUUAUGACCAUAACUUUGAAGUCUGGCUGCCACCUUUCUAG